AUGGAGAAGAGGAGGCGGCGUAUCGCCCUCGGACUCGAGGGCUCAGCGAACAAGCUUGGUAUAGGCGUGAUAGAGCACCCCGUUGAGGGGGGCGAGGCGGUCGUUCUCUCCAAUAUCCGAGAUACGUUCAACUCACCACCGGGCACCGGCUUUCUGCCCAAGGACACAGCACACCACCACCGGAGCUUCUUCGUGCGGGUAGCCAAGCGGGCACUGACAGAAGCAGGCGUGGCCGUCGGCGAGAUCGACUGCAUCUGCUACACCAAGGGGCCCGGGAUGGGGGCGCCGCUGACGGCCGUCGCCAUCGCGGCGCGCACGCUGUCGCUGCUCUGGGGCAAGCCGCUCGUGGGCGUCAACCACUGCGUGGGCCACAUCGAGAUGGGGCGGACCAUCACCGGCGCCGACAACCCCGUCGUGCUGUACGUCAGCGGCGGCAACACGCAGGUGAUUGCGUACGCGGAGAAGCGCUACCGCAUCUUCGGCGAGACGCUCGACAUCGCCGUCGGCAACUGCCUCGACCGCUUCGCGCGCACCCUGGCCAUCAGCAACGACCCGGCGCCCGGCUACAACAUCGAGCAGCUGGCCAAGCGCGCGCCCACCGCGGCCCGCGGCGUCCUGCUCGACCUGCCGUACGCCGUCAAGGGCAUGGACUGCUCGUUCAGCGGCAUCCUGGCGCGCGCGGACGACCUCGCGGCGGUGAUGCGCGCGGGCGGCACCACGCCCGAGGGCGAGCCCAUCACGCCCGAGGACCUGUGCUACAGCCUGCAGGAGACGGUGUACGCGAUGCUGGUCGAGAUCACGGAGCGCGCCAUGGCGCACGUCGGCGCCACGCAGGUGCUCAUCGUCGGCGGCGUCGGCAGCAACGAGCGCCUGCAGUUCAUGAUGGGCGAGAUGGCCCGUGAGAGGGGCGGCAGCGUCUACGCGACCGACGAGCGCUUUUGCAUCGACAAUGGCAUCAUGAUCGCGCACGCGGGGCUGCUGGCGUACGAGACGGGCUUCCAGACUCCGCUGGAGGACAGCACGUGCACGCAGCGGUUCAGGACGGACGACGUGUACGUUGCGUGGAGGGAUUAA